GCGCGGGAGGCCGGGCUGGCUGCCUGCGCCGGCUGCUUGUGCCCGCCGAGCGCCAGGUGCCGGCGGGCUGUGGAGGCGGUGUGCUGACGGAUGCGCUCGGUGGCUGCGGCUCCGGGCCUUCUGCGCUUCCCCUGCCGGGCUCCUCGAACCGGUCUGGGGAGCGCUCGGGGUUCCCAGGCCGAAGCAGACCUGCGAGGGUUACCGAGUUGUCGCCUGCCCGCUGUGGAGUUGAGAUUAGGAGACCUGAGGGCCGGAGAUAUCGCGAGUGACAGCAAGAGACUGGGCAACAUGAGAGACUGGACUCCCUACUGCACCAGGGAGCUUGCUGGUAGGGGAAUCAACCCCCAAAGAGAUUGAACUGAGUUUCAAGAUGGCUAAAGAAGAGCCUCCAAGUGUCUCAAAGGACUUACAGGAGCUCCAGAGGAAGCUCUCUUUCCUGAUAAAGUCCUUUCAGAAUAACUCAAAGGUGGUUGCCUUCAUGAAGUCUCCAGUGGGUCAGUGCUUGGACAGGCAUCCUUUCCUGGCCCUCUCCCUGCUGGUGUUUGUGUCCAUGUCUGCUGUCCCUGUUGGGAUCUUCCUGCUCCUCGUGGUGCUCAGCUGCCUGGCCGCACUUGUAGGAGUCAUAUUACUGGAAGGGCUGGUCAUUUCUGUGGGUGGCCUUACACUACUUUGCGUCCUCUGUGGCUUGCUCUUCAUAUCGCUCGCCAUGUCCGGGAUAAUCAUGAUGUCCUAUGUGGUGGUCUCCAGCCUCAUCAACUACUGGUUUUCUUCCAGACCACUGGCAAAGCAAAACCCCAGUGCCAACUGUCAGCUGGCUAUGAAGGCUACAGACCUGGAGGGGCUCUACCGGGAGUGACUGGCUGGAGGGAACCGGAGAUGUGUUUGGACUUCUCAGGAUAGCUUUUGGGGCAUGCUCAGCCCUUGGGAUUAAGGCUCAGACAGGCGGCUGGAUAGUCACGCACACCUAGGCUGUGUCCUCCAGCUUCUUCACACACUGUGUAUAAAACCCUCCAGUGGCCAAGGUGGCCUCUCACCCGCCACUCCCAAGUAUGCAGACUUCACCUUGGCAGGGCUUGUGCCUCCAGAGCUGGCCUCAGGACUUGUGUCUAAGGUCCCGAGGCAACACUAGUUUGUUUUUGAGAGUUUUGUUUUGUUUUUUUUUUGAGAUGAGGGAAGCUGUUUAUUUUUGCCACUCAUUUGAAAUACGGGGUUUAAAAAAAUCUAAAUCAAAACCAGCUUUUCUGCCUUAUUCACUGUGUAUGAGAAAGAACAGUACAAUUUGGGAAUAAUGACCUCGCAAAGUUGGAAGAGUCUGUUUAAUUUCGUGUCCCAGAGUCUUUUUGAAAAAGUCCCAAGGCAUGGUUUCCACUAUUACUAUUGAGUGCUAUUCCGUGUGGUUGAUCUCUUGUGUACUGAUACUUGAUACUUUUGUAUUGACUUAAAGAACUUGUCCUGUUAAGCAAUUUCUUUUACAAAAAAUGUAAAGGACUGUGAAGCACAAAUAAAGCACCCCUAUGAUUUCUA